GCAGCGGCCAUCGGUUUUUAGUUUGUUUGAGCAGCUAAAAGCGUCAAGUCGCCAACAAAUUGCGAAUAGAACCAAUUUGAAUUCGCAGCGGAAAACAGUAUUGGAAUCGGUAUUGGAAUUGAAAUCGAAAUCGGAAAACAUUUUAUAUUUUCGUCGGAUCGUUUGUAAAUGAGAAAUCCAUCGCAAUGGUGCCGGAUGAGAAGAAGGUCUAUGAGGAUACCACACAGCCAUUGCCCAAGCGAGCACGCACAGGGGGAUACUAUAAUCGUAAGGAUAAAAGCGAUUUGGGCGUUGACUUUGUGGCACCCGAUGGCGGCUGGGCGUGGCUCGUGUGCGUAGCUGCUGGCGUUUCCAAUCUAUCACUGUAUCCUUGUCUGCAACAAUUUGGUUUCAUGUUCCGGGAGCGUUUAAUUGAUCUGGGCAUGUCGAGCUCACAAGUGACAGCUAUUAUCAAUACAAAUCCGGCGGUGUCCGCCUGUACGGGUCUGCUCAAUGGUCCCAUGUUCCGGCGAUUCACCUUUCGCCAGGUGGCCAUGGUUGGCUCCUUACUCUGCUUCAGCGGAAUUGUACUGACCGCUUUCUGUGAGACAUUUGCUGGCUACAUAUUCGCCUAUGCGAUACUCUACGGAUUUGGCAUGGGUAUCAGCGUGUCGGCCUCGUCAUUGGCCAUCAAUACAUACUUCCAGCAGAAGCGCAGACGUGCCGCUGGCUUCUCGUGGACCAUCACAGGAUUGGGUCCCAUCUUUUUGCCCUUUCUGGUGACCUUUAUGCUAAGCGUCUACGAUGUGCAGGGCACGGUUCUUCUCUUUGCCGCGAUUUCCCUGCAUGCCUUUGUGAGUGCACUCAUCUAUCAGCCGGUGCGCUAUCACACGGGAGCAGCGAGCACGGCAAAUGCAUCUCUGAUGCUGGAGCAGCAGCCAGAGUUGUUGUGCUCUCACUGUGCGCUUCAGCGCAAUCGUGAACCGGGUGGCAUUUUCUCCAGCCAGUAUCUGUACCAAGAUGAUGAUGCUCAACGACCUGGUUACGAGAUCAUUGAGCCGGGCACGCCCAUGUUGUCGAGGGCCAAUGAUGGCUGGUAUGGCUCCAAGCUAUCUUUAAGCUCUGGACGCCUUCGUUUUCGUACAAUCUCCAGUUCCAAGGAUCUGGAGCACACGCAGCGCUUACAUUCACCAAUUAGUGAGGAUCACCAGUCGGAAGAAGAAGAUUUCCUCCGACCCAACAACUUUCGACGAGAACGCGAGGAAUCCCACCUGGAGUCGAAGCUCUGUUGCACCUGCGCCGAGCAGCGAGCACUUUAUGCUCGCAUCCAUGCUGAGCAACCAGGCCAAGAACCGGAGCCAAACAACAAUAACGAAGCGGAAAAAUCGAAUCCAGACAAGAUGAGCUUCAUUCAGAAGGUGGUCACCUUCUUCGAUCUGGAUCUGUUGCGGGACAUUACAUUUGUGAAUCUUGUUGCCGGCUUGACGGUGAUCAACUUUGGAGAGCUGAAUUUCUCCAUUUUGACACCGUUUAUACUCACGGACUUUGGGUUCAACACCUCACAGAUUACCGUGGCAAUGUCCUUGAUGGCCGGCAUGGACAUCACAAUGCGAUUCCUUGUGCCGUUUUUCACUGAAAAGAUACCCUGGGAUAAUCGUGUCUUCUUUCUAAUUGGUGUCGUGGGCAUAGCAAUCGGACGCAGCGUCGUUGCCAGCACGAGAUCCUAUGGCGUUAUCCUAAGCUGUUUUGUGUGGAUUGGUCUCUGCAAGGGAGUACGCACAAUCUUCUGGCCACUUAUUAUACCAGGCUAUGUGCCAUUGAAUCGUCUGCCAGGCGCCUCAGGUCUCCAGUUACUUAUCUCGGGCCUGUUUACGCUCUUAUGCGGCCCGUUUGUUGGUCUUGUAAGAGAUCGCUUUAACUAUUCGGUGACGUUGCAUUGUCUUGACGCGUUGUCCUUUAUUGCAGCUGCCUCUUGGGCUUUGGAGGCACUGUUACGACGUCGCAGACGAAAGAUGGUCAGCUGAUUGAGUGCUUCUUAGAAUUCGAGCUUGUUUUUUUUUUAAUAGACUUAAGUUGUACAUUACAAAAUCUUUAUAAUCAAUACAAACACAUAAAUAACUAUACAAUGUACAAAUAGCCAUAAAGUACAAGUACAUAAGGCACGUUCCACAUGUAA